CAGACACACCCUGUUCACGAAAACAACGCUGUAAUAUUGCAGAUAGAUAACAUGAUUUCCUCACUCAUUUUCUGCUUCAUCGUUGGCGCAGUUCUAGCAGCCGAGGAAGACUUUAGAUCUGCCUACAUCAAAACGCGAGAGGACAAGCGUUUACUUGGCUAUGUUGUCAAGAAAAUCGAUUCUACGGAUGAAAUAUCAUGCAGUAAAGCAUGUUUAAGGCAUUCUUGGUGUACCUCUUCUAACUUCAAAGAGUCCUCGGGUAACUGUGAACUGAACAAGCAUGAGUUCUCUACAGCUGAUGAUGACACCAAACUCACUGAUAAUCCAGGAACGACGUUUUCAAUGUUUCUUAAGGUAAGAAAAGUACCGAAUUUUCAUUGCUUAGACAACAAGAGCGUGCGUGCGCAUACGUCCCUAAUUUCUCUGUGCAAGAAGACUAGACUCCUGCACCCAGGCUAAGGCAACAACAAGAUGUAAAGUAAAGUUGAGUUGUUGUCAAAAAGCGCAGGGAUUUCAGUAUUAUGUUUCUUAUUGGGAGCGAGCCAUGUUUUCCCUUUCCCAAAUUUUUCAGUUCCGACAAGAAAAUCAAUAUCGAGGUCAAUGUUUUCUUCCCUAACAGGAGGCUUACUUGUUUUGAAAAUAAAGUUAAGAAAAGUGUACAGUGCAAACAACUAUAAAUGUUACAAAAAGAGAAAAGCAGAGCCGGCAAUUUGUAAGAGGAAAUUUUAUGUUCAACAUUAGAUUUGCGUUGUGCUGUUAAAAAUGUUGAGGGAUUUGUCUCGCUACCUGCAAAUGACCUGUAUGGAGUUAGUACGUCGCCGCCCCCUGCCCGAGAAAGAGUGUCUAAAACAUAAAAAGCUGUAGGAUGUCGAUGGAAAACGAUGUAUAUCAUUUUAGCUUACCGAAGUAACAUAUGAACAUUUUCCUCAGGGCUGCCUAAUGGCUGGAUGCCUUAACGGAGGUUCUUGUUUCUUCGACGAAGGGAAAGACACGUCUGCUUGUUCAUGCAGUCCACAAUGGAGAGGAGAAAAAUGCGAAAUAGGUAGGUAUAAACUGUUUUUGUUUUUCGAUAGACAAUAUAGGAGAAGAGUGAAAGACGUAAACCGGCUGUAAACGAAAUCACACAACUUUCUAUACUUUAUACGUGGCAAAUUUUUUUAGUAGCAAGGAAAGAUUUAUAUUUUCUGCUGCCAGGUUUUCUCUGCAAUGUAUAGUUGAUAUAGUGUAGUCCUCUGGAAUUAAUUUACAUCCCUUGUAAUAUAACAAAAGAAUGUAACGUACGAGACUUUGGCGUUUACCGUAAGCCUCGAAUGUGGAAAAGACAUUUAGAGUCUGGCCAAAUUGUUUGUGACGCUCAAAUUAACGUAAGUGAUACCUAACACCUGGAUAAUCCCAACAAUUACAUUUCACGGACGUUUUUAAACAGAGAAUUUGCAUGCAUGUUUUAGAUAAUCAUUUUGCUUAAGGCUUUUUGGCAAAAAACUGGUCGAUCAUCCCAGGAAACAGAUUCUAAAUAGAUGUGUAAAUUGUUUAAUAGUUAGUCGUAAAGAAAACAAAGUGGCAAUGGGCAGACUUAGCACAAUUGAUAGCCAUGUGUAGGACAUUAAAAAAUUCAAUAAAAAGAUGGGGUCACCUUGCUUGUUUUUCUUUUGCUCGGCCGUUAUUCUCGAAAACCAUCAAAAAAUUUUAGCAUUUAGCAAAAACUAUAUAUGAAUACUACAGAAACCUCAAUUCUGUUUGCUUCUCUGGACUAUAUAUAAUCUCUGGGCUCCAAAUGCAGAGUUUCACGUCAUUUACUGUAUACAAAUAAUACAACUUCUACUAUCUUCUAUCUCCCUUUAAAAUAUUUUCUUUGAGUACCCAUAACAUUCCCAUAUAUUAUUGUGUUACCUACAAGUUUAAUUAUCAUAAGAAAUAGGCCCUCUAAGGGGUGUUACGUAUGUCCAGAGUCUGAAUUUCAAAACCUGUCGUUUCUCGUAUUGAGGAGGAAGCCAUGUCGCUGUCGGUAUUUUACUAUUGUAUUUGUGCUUUUAUUCUCUGUCGCUGUCGCAGUUUCAACCCAUCUUUGUGUCGUUUGUCGCCAUUUCUGCUGCCCUAUGUCGCUGUUUCAAGGCCAUGAUUCGCUUGUCGAAAUUAUCCUAACAGGGCCUCUAGAAAGUGGCCAAAACAAGUGUGAUCAACGAAAACCUACUUAAGGGUGGAGCUAUACAAAACACUACUGUUGUAUGGGCCUGAUGGGUUUAAAGUCUGAAAAUGAAAAAAAGGGAGUGUGAAAAUAAGACGAUACCAUUAAUGUUUUGUAUGCGCCUAAUAAGCCUGCAUUGUGGACUAGUUAUGGACUAGUCUGAAAUGUCACACAUCUCCACCCCCUGACCCGUGGGGGCACAUCUCUCUCCCCCAUGCCCUUCACGGGUUAGGGGGUGGAGACGAAUGACAUUUCAGACUACGUAUGGAUAUUUACGUUCAUGAUCUAGGGUUUGAUAAAGGAGCGAGAAUACAGAAGAAACACAUGUCCCUUUUGUAAGUACGUAGGGUAGCAAAUAACUAACAAACCAUCAAUUUUCCCAUGAAGUAGCCACUUGCCUUAUUGUGGCAAGCAAUCAAAGAAAACGGUAAUCAUCAAAAGGAUUUUCUACGAAAGAUCACGGAACAGAUCUAGAAGACUGAAGGAAUCAUUCAGUAAAAAUUAUAUUCUUCUAAAUAAAUCAAUGCAUUCUUUUUACUAUUUUGCAGACAUCAACGAGUGUGAGACAGGAAAGCAUCACUGCGACUCGCAUGCUUUCUGUAACAGCACUAAAGGCUCUUACAAUUGUACAUGCAAACCAGGAUAUUUUGGAAAUGGCUUUAAUUGCACAGGUAAUAUUGUAACAAAAACUUGAUAGCAAAAACCUUAACCUUGUAUAACAACAUUUUUAUUCAUCCUUUUUUUUUUUAGUAGACGCUAAAGUGUUUGUUAAAUCUUCAGGCCCGUAGCCAGGUUUUAUUACUGUACGGGAAGGGGAAGGGGGCUCGAUCCAAGGAAAAGACGGACAAAACGUGGCUGGAGGAGCCAAGUCUCUAGGGCGAAAAAGGGUUGUCUGAGACUGCAUUUCGAGCGCUUUGAUAAAAAUGGAUAUUUUGUCAAAUUUUAUAACUUUAAAAGUGGUUCUUUUGGGGGGGGGAAGAGACUAACUACUUUACUUUACGACUUUACGUCAAGGACAAUGUCAAUUUAAUGUCACUAUUGAAAAUUACAAAUUAGAAAGAAAGUUUUUUGCAUCAGUAUUAUUCACUAGGUUUGAUUUUUCAUUAGUGGAACAAGUUCAAGCCUCCUUGGAUGCUUCUUAGCAAACGGAUCAACGACUUCUUCCAGAUCAAUGUCUGUUAGAUAGUGGAUGCGCAUAUAAACAGUCAGAGAGGAGAGGCUCUACUGUGUCGCGAAUAUUACUUAGUUUUAGCCACAGAAAACAGCUGAUAUUUUAAGCUAUCCUCAAAGACAAAGGACUUCAAAUUCUUUCUUAUACUUUACGAAGGCGAAAACACGUUUUGUGGAAAGCGUGAGUCGGGCUUUUCAAAUCUUUCACAGUAUUUUCAAGUUUACUACGCAAUCAGUAAAUUAUUGGUGAGGAUAGAACAAAACUAAUAGAUUCAGGGACAGGUUCACGGUUCAGCGCAUGCUCAUUUAUCAAAAUGGUGUUUUUCUGCCGGGACAUGCUGUAUCGUCUAUGCAGGCAAUAUGAUCAUGUCAUAAAGUUGUGAAAGAACCAAUCUGCACACUCCCCUGACAGUCACUUGCACUUGAUAAACUUACAUAUUUGCAAAUAGCUGUAAAUUAAUCAAGUAUGGAAUAACAACAAUAAAUUCAACGUUGGUAGUGUUGGUAUAAUCCACUAUUUUUUUUCAGCGAUUUUAGUACUCCUCCAUCCUACUUAAGGUUACUCUGAAUACAAUUCUGCUUUGAAAUACACUCUGAGAUCGCUGAGAUACAUGUGAGUGGGAUUAUUAACCGAUAGAACUGAUAAUAAAUUGUAAAGAAGUAAUUUAAUUAAUGAGCAUCGCUUAACCGUGAACCUGUCCCUUGAAAACACAGGGGCUCCCAACGACAAUUUUCGGAAAAAUAUCUGUUCGGAAGACGAUUUGAGAUCUAGAAUUUUCGGAACAUUUGUUGUAUUAUUUUUUGCUUGCCUGCCUCUCCUAAGAUUUUCGAACAUCUAUAAACUACUACAGUUGCCCAUUUUUAACGGAUUUUUACCCUUAAAAGGUCACGUAGAAUUUUCGGGAGCCUUUGUCCUGGCUGAAAUUUUCGAAAAGGUAAGUUUUGAUCCCUACAAUUCUCGGAUCACUAGACUUUCAGCUAGGAAAUCCGAACAGAUGAAAAACUUUUAGGGAUAAAAAUAUGCCUAUAUCUACCGUUUAAAUACUAAAAUAACGCUAUGUUUAAGUGGUUUUGAACUAUAUUCUCGUUGGGUGCCCCUGAAAACAGUUCUAACAUGAAAGGGCUCGUUGUUAGCCUGUUAGCAGGCAAACUUGUGCUAGUUUGGGUUUAUUAUUGCUCGAACCGGCGAAGCCGAUGAAAAGAAUGGGGUGAUUCUCGAGGUCCAUACUUUACUUUUUAAGAAUAUUUGCAUAUUCGACGAACAAUCAUCAGCCCGAUACGCAGUUUUCGUCACAGCUUUUCUAGGUGUUUAUUGGCCGGUUGCGGAAACUAUUGUAGGUUGGCUCUAGCCUGAGUAUCAGGCCUCAUUCCUUAUAGAGGUUGGGGGAGACGAGAUUGGAUACUUUAUGUGAAUGAACAGCAUAUGAUAUCUGGGGAUGGGGGGAGGGAGGCAUAAGGGAAUAAAGAAUCAUUAAAAAAAUAUGAUAAACCGAAAAUUGUCGUUUGCGCCACACUUCAAAUUCAUUAUGUCAUGCUAAUUGCCAAGUUAAUUUUUAAGUAAUUUAAAUUAUUCUUCAAUACUAUUUUCAGAAUUUAUGAACUCGUCGAUUUUGAACAGCAGUGAUUACUAUUUUCGUCAUUUGGGCAAUUUUCUGGAGAAUGCGGUUGGGGACAAUUCUCACUGGUUGUUGUGCUGGCGUGCUACAUUGCAUGGCUGGGAUGUCAGUCAGUUUCACAGUCGCUGCGAUGGAAAGUACCACACUGUUACCAUCAUAAGAAAAGGCAAAUUCAUCUUUGGCGGAUACACGGAUAUUCCUUGGGGUAAAAAAAACUAAUUCCCUUAUUUUAUCGUCUUUUUUUACUGCAAUGUAACAGCUUUACAAUUCUGAUCUACUUGCACUGCUUAUUAGAGUUUAACUCUUUUUUAUAAGGUUGAAACAUCACUCUUGGUUUGUCACCUUGUAAUGAUGGUCAAGUGUUUUUUUGUAAUGAACCUUAGUUACCUUUGCCAGUGUGGGUCUUACCCUCGAUAGGUCUGGUCGCCCUUAUUUUUAAUCCAAACCGAAACCCAAAAAACAAAUUGUUAUUCUUGAGCGAGCCACGCUUCACUCAAGGUCUCGAUGAACUCCACCCAUCCCCACCAACUUUUGUUAAGGCUUGGAUCCAUCCGUGAUGACAAUAAGGUUUCCUUCAAGAGAAGUGAAGUUUCUUCCUUCCUUAGCGCGUGAGUUGGGACAAGUCUGUGAACGGGAUCUGACAAACAUUGGAUUGCACAGACUUGCGGAUCGUGCCACUCAAGCAUGUUCAGGCAUGGGUCACCUUCUAAUUUGCAUAAUUUGGCAAAGUUUCAUUUGAAACGGAUUGUUUUGAUCAGUCGUCAUGAAACUUGGCAAGCAGUUUUAGCUCGGUGUCUUUAACAAUAUUUGACAUAUUCAUUGUUGAAAUAUUAGUCACGUGACCUGCAAAUGAUCGUUAACGUUCAAAGUUUUCAAAUUAAAACGGGGGGAAAGGAAAUGAAAGAGCAGCAAAUAUUCUUAGGCACCAGUGUUUUUCCCAUGGCCUGGAUAUUAUGAAAUAGCCCUGCAUGUAUGCCUAAGUGGAGCAAGGAUUACGAAAUAAGGAAAAAAGGUCACGUGACGUAUAAAAUACUUUAAUAACUCUUAAUAAAAAAUGCUUUAAUCCACCUUGCAAGGCUAAUUGACAACCCAGACAGUUUCGCUGACAAUUUAAUGACAAGUAUUUUUAGGCUGAAGCUUAACAACCUUGCUCCGUUUGAGAAAACUAAUUUUGUGACGUCAUGGUCUAAAGAAUGUCACGUGAUGCUUGGGAUGAAUUUUCCAAAACUAUUUCAGUGAGAUAUGUCUUAUCAUAUCUUUGUGGAACCUUUACUUGGAUCCUUCUGUGUCAUAAAAGAGGAUCUUUAAAUUCUCUGUAGCGAGUCAUUUUAGCCUUUCAAUCCAUGCCUUAACUUGCCUGAGCAUUUCAAACGCAAAGAAGCUAAAUGUAGUGAUGCCGGUGAAUGCAUCAAAUUUUUGUUACGGCAGCUGCCGACCCGUUACAGUGUGUGUUAAGGAUGUGUCCCACCUAAGAGAAUAUGCACAGCAAAACCAUAUAUUUUUUAUACGGGCAGUCAGUAAAGCCUGGUCAAGUGUCCUUGUCCUAGACAUUCUCUAUUAGAGUGGUGGGCCAACAAGAUUGUCCGUAAUAAAACGUAUGUCUAGUACCGAUCCAAUGAUUCCUAUUUACACGUAGAGCAGAACCAGUUUAUUACUAUUCUGAGAAAUCUCCAGUUAUUAAGUUUGGUAACCUCACAAUUUAUCUCACCACUAAGAAAUAAUUGCGUUAAAAGUGAAACGCUUGCUAAAAGAACUUGAAUCCUUCAGGUUGUUGAUUGCCUGAUCAUUUACUAGGGCUAUUGUCAGUUACCUUUACCUCAAUUGUAUUAAUAGAUAUUAGUUUAAAUAAGAAGGCCAAAGCAAAGUGAACUCUGGUGGCUGUAGAAAAAUGACGUCAUUUUUAAUCGUGAAAAUGGGCUAAUAUGGUCAGUAAUAAAAUUAAUUCAAACUUGAAAUUCAUUUUUUUUAUUGAAGCAAACGCGAAAGCAUAUAUGACAAUUUUCUUGUCUUCUUGAUCUUCUUCUUGUUUUUAUUAAUAUUAUUAUUAUUAUUAUUAUUUUAUUUAUUUUACGUACUUUUGGUUUCUCAGAAUCCAGUGGUGGCUAUAGCGCUACUUCCGAAGCGUUUAUUUUUUCGCUCAACAAUAAUGAAGGCUUGGCACCGUUUGUGAGCAAGGUGAAGAAAGAAUACUCAGGAAAGGCAAUUUACAGGUGGUCAUAUUAUGGUCCACGUUUUGGCCGUGAUGUCAUCAUUAGAAAUAAUGCCGACAGUAACGACAAGUCAGUAGCAAGUUUGGGCUAUCGCUACUCUGCUCCACCUGCAGUGCAGGGCCGGUACACAGUCCUGGCCGGGAUUGAGUACUUCUCACCUAAUGAGGUGGAGGUAUUCUAUCUUGACACAUCCCGCUAAAUACAAGAUAACACAAACUAUCAUAUUUACUGCUAUUAAAUCUGAGAGAGAAGCAAUGGGGAGUUUAAUAUAACUCAGUUUAAACUUCUUAUUAAUUGCUGUUUAAAUUAUUGAUGUUUUUGUUUUUGUUUGCUUUUUAGUUUUUUUAGAAUCCCUCAGUAUAUAUUCAAUUGUCUGAAAUCUGCUGUUAGAAUAGUUUGCCUAUAGUUUGUUUUAGGAUUUCAAUAUAGCUGAACUAUUUAGGGCCGGUAAAGGCUUGGGAUUUAGCAAUACGUACUACAAGGUAAAAGCCAGCAUGCACUGCUCAUCACACAAACAUUUUUAAAAUUAGUCACCCGAACGAUUGCAGCGUUAUUUUUACUUAAUUCAUGAUUCACACCUUUUUGUUAUUCAACAACCUUUCUUUAACGUACAACCCUCUUGAAUAUUCAACAAACUGAAAGUCCUGGAAGGGCUUGAACGUAGCAGGGAAGAGCGGGGACAAAUGGGCGCCGCGUGACAAAAGUCGAUAAGAGCGUUAGGGAAACCAAUUGCGCUAUCCAGAAAAUAGAGAUUUAACUGGUGGAUAGCGUUGUCCACCUUUUGAACAACUGGGGCCUGAAGAAGAUAUGAAACAAAUCAUUUAAAAAAAAUUUAAAACUUUUUACACUUGUAAAAGUCGGCCCAAUUUCUUCAAGUUUUUAUCCAUAUGUCAAUCCUUGCCAUUCUUAGCAACAGAGAACAAGGAAACAGUUUCAUUGCCGAUAGUAAAGUCUUAAACCACGAAACUGAACCAUGAAUAUUUGAAAUUACAUGUUUUAACUCUUUAAAAAGAUUGCAAAGAGCAUGACAUUGGCAGUUUAAGUUGAACUGGGCUAUGGAAACAUCUAAGCGCGUAGUUGUUGUAAAAAAUAAGCAGUGCUUCUUGUUGUAAUCGAUUAUUGGUUCGUCUUCUUACAGUUAAUCAUGAUCAAUUUCAUUGAAAAAAAAAAUGGUAUAGGCUUUUGGGGUUGAAAAAUGCGGAUAAAUCAUUCAUGUUAUCAGUCCACUUAUAAACUUACUGCAGGACCCCAUAACCCCGAGUCUUGCUCACUGAAAUAGGGCUUCACUCCUCCUCUCCCCACCCCUU